AUGCCUUCGGAUUUCAGGCCAAGGCAGGGAUGGUAUAUGCCCAAGAAUAGGGCUUUCCGUGGAGGCCUUUCAAGGAUGACAACUUCAAAUACGUGGUAUAGAGGCGAGAAUCCUGCCCUCCGGAUGUUUCAGGGUCCUCGGUGGAGCAAUGUGGCUACUGUCCUCCGGUUUGGCUUUUGGGCUACAGUACAGCAGUAUCUGCAAAAUAUGUGGGCCCGGAGGUACUUGGCCCUGUUUUUGCUUUUAUUCUGGUCUCCAUUUAUCCUGUUAUAUCUUGUGAACACCGAUACUGUGUCUGCAAAAGUGAAAGUGCCAUGGCAUGGUGAAACUGUCGAACAGGAUUCCAACUGGGGAAGUUUGUUGAACUUUUUAUUUCCAACAACAUGCAUCAUAAGGGAUUAUCAGAAGGUAGUGGCGUGUAACAACAAGUCACAUGUCAGUAAGGGUGAAUGUUUAAAAUACAAGUGCUGCUUUUCAUCAUCUGGGACCAUAACGAGGUGCUACGCCCCACUAAGAGACAAGCCUGCACAGAUGUUCCGAGUAUUUGGAUUUGCUGUGAUCGGCAUGAUAGUCCUGGGAUUUCUGCCUAUGUAUUGCUAUUCUUUUUGCCGAAGGAGAUCUCCACCCACUGAAACAGAAUGGGUGUGA